UUUGAAUCUUUUUUGUUAUUAUUAUUAAACGGUAUUCUUCAUUUUUAGUUUUGAUAUGGUCACAGUUCAAACCAUUUCCAUCCCCUAUUGAAAAAAAAUCUCUAAAUUAGUAUUAAUAAAUUAAUAUAUAUUUUUAUAUUUUCAUAUUUUAUUUGUUUAGGGCUUUAUCUGUGACUGUAUAGAAGAUGGCUUUGAUUUCUUGAUUAGAUUUUCUGAUGCGUCAUUCUAAUGAGCACCUUGACCGAACAUUGACUUUACAUGUCUGCUUGUUUCUUUUGGUUAAAUUUUAACUGAGCAGCUUGUAAAAAUAUAAAUCUGUUCAGAGGUCAUUUAUGAAAAAAAGAAAGUAAAGAAAAUCACAAGACAAAUGGGUUUGAAAUGUGAACAGCUUUUAGUUGAUAUGCUGCUGUCUAGAGGUUAAUGGAAUGAUGUUUCAUUAAUGAUUGGACUGAGUUCCUGGACUGUUGCAUCUACAAUGAGUGUCAAUGAGAGAAGAGGAGAGGAGGGUGCUGUUCGGACAAAUAAAGCAGUAUCUCCAAAACCCUGUCUUGAGUCUAUGAAGAGCUUCGAGUCCAUUGGCUGCCCCCCUAAUAUUAGUGAUUGCGUCUCCAGCAAUGCCUUUAAAGAAGAAGGUACUGUUCAGACAUAUAAAGCAGCAUCUCUAAAACAUGGUCUUGAGUCUAUGAAGAGCUUCGAGUCCAUUGGCAGCCCCCCUAAUAUUAGUGAUUCCGUCUCCAGCAAUGCCUUUAAAGAAGAGGGUACUGUUCAGACAUAUAAAGCAGCAUCUCUAAAACAUGGUCUUUGGUCUAGGAAGAGAUUUGAGUCCAUUGGCAGCCCCCCUAAUAUUAGUGAUUCUGAUUCCAGCAAUUCCUUUAAGGAGGAUGCUGUUCAGAAACAUAAAGAAGUAUGUCUAGAACCCAGCGUGUCUAAGAGUAACACAUCUUUUGGAAGCCCCCGUAAUAUUAGCGAUGGAGCAGUGAUUUCUGACCCUGACAAGCAGAAUGUCAAAGCAACAGCCCUGCAGAGAGAUGGACUGCUGGAGGAGACUGAUGACAUGCAGCACAAUUCUCUCCGACCAGUGAAUGAUGUCUUGAAGAGAGUCAAAGGCCAACACAAAACCAGCAUGAAGAACAAGUAUGAGAGAUUAUUUGAAGGAAUCAAACUAGAAAAGUAUCAAACCCUUCUGAACAAGAUCUACACACAACUCUUCAUCGUAGAGGGAGAAAGUGAAGGAGUGAAUGAAGAACAUGAGGUUUUACAGAUGGAGAAAGUCAGAACACAAGAAACUUUAAUCUAUUGCAAUGACAUCUUUAAACCCUUAAAUCAACCAGGAUGUGAGGUGAAAGACAAAAUCAAGACUGUUCUUACUAAAGGCAUUGCUGGAAUUGGAAAAACCGUCUCUGUGCAGAAGUUCAUUCUGGACUGGACAGAGGGAAAAGCCAAUCAGGAUCUAGAUUUCAUGUUUGUGCUUCCAUUUCGAGAGCUGAACUUGAUUAAAGAUCAUCAGUACAGUCUUCACAGACUUCUGCUGGACUUUCAUCCUGAACUUCAAGAUCUGGACUCAAAGAUUUAUGAGGAGUGUAAAGUUGUGUUCAUCUUUGAUGGUUUGGAUGAAAGCAAAUUUGCACUGAUGUUUUCAGAUGAUGAGAAAGUUUGUGAUGUGACUGAGUCUUCAUCAGUGGGUGUGUUGAUGUCAAACCUCAUCAGAGGAGAGCUGCUUCCCUCUGCUCUCAUCUGGAUCACAUCCAGACCAGCAGCAGCCAAUCAGAUCCCCUCAAAAUACAUCCACCGUGUGACAGAAAUUCAGGGAUUCACUGAGCCUCAGAAGGAGGAAUAUUUUAGGAAGAGAAUCAGUGAUGAGCAUCAAGCCAACAGAAUCAUCUCACACAUUAGAAGAUCAAGAAGCCUCCACAUCAUGUGUCACAUCCCCGUCUUCUGCUGCAUCUCAGCCACUGUGCUUCAAAACCUUCUGGAACAAGAUGACAGUGCAGAAAUCCCUCAAACUCUGACUGACAUGUACAUCCACUUCCUUCUGACUCAGAUCAACAUGAGGAACAAGAAGUAUGAUGAGAACGAUCUAGAGAAACUCCUGAAGUCCAGCAGAGAUGUGAUUGUGAAACUUGCUGAACUAGCUUUCAAACAGCUGAUGAAGGGCAAUGUGAUGUUCUAUGAGGAGGACCUGAUUGAAAGCGGGAUAGAUGUCACUGCUGCCUCAGUGCAUUCUGGGAUUUGCACUGAGAUCUUUAAGGAGGAAUCUGUGAUUCAUCAGAGGAAAGUCUACAGCUUCAUUCAUCUGAGCUUUCAAGAGUUUCUAGCUGCUUUCUUUGUGAUUUACUGCCAUGUUGUUGAGAACAUGAAUGUACUUAAGUUCUUUAUGGAAACGUGGUACAGGUUCAAUGAACUCUCUCUGUAUGAGCUGCUACAAGCAGCAGUUAAUAAAUCAUUGCAGAGUAAAAAUGGACACCUGGAUCUUUUCCUGAGGUUCCUGCUGGGCAUGUCACUGGAGUCCAAUCAGAGACUCUUAAAGGAUCUAUUGACACACACAGUGAACAGCUCAGAGGCAAUCAACAGAAUCACACAGUACAUUAAAGACUCUAUCAAGGGUGACCAACUUUUCUUAGCUGACAGAUGCAUCAAUCUGUUCCAUUGUCUGCUUGAAAUGAAGGAUCAGACUCUGUACAGAGAGAUUCAAGAGUUUGUGAAAUCAGAGAAUCAAUCAGUGAGGAAACUCUCUCCAUCUCACUGCUCAACAAUCGCCUACAUGCUUCAGAUAUCAGAGGAGGUUCUGAAUGAGUUUGAUCCGAGGAAAUACAACACAUCAGAUGAGGGUAGGAGGAGACUGAUACCAGCUGUGGUGAACUGCAGAAAAGCUCUACUUCCAUACUGUAAUCUCACUGAUCAGUGCUGUGAAAGUUUGUCUUCAUGUCUGCAAUCAUCAAACUCACUGAGAGAGCUGGACCUGAGUAACAAUGACCUGCAGGAUUCAGGAGUGAAGCUUCUCUCUGAUGGACUGAAGAGUUCACACUGUAAUCUCAACAUACUGAGGUUGACAUGUUGCAGUCUUACUGGUCAGUGCUGUGGAAGUUUGUCUUCAUCUCUACAAUCAUCAAAUUCACUGAGAGAGCUGGACCUGAGUAACAAUGACCUGCAGGAUUCAGGAGUGAAGCUGCUCUCUGAUGGACUGAAGAGUUCACACUGUCAACUCAACAUACUGAGAUUAUCUGGCUGUAUGGUGACAGAGGAAGGCUGUUGUUUUCUGGCUUCAGCUCUGAGUUCAAAUCCCUCACACCUGAGAGAGCUAGAUCUGAGCUACAAUCACCCAGGAUUAUCAUUAGUCAAGCUGUUCUCUGAUCCAAACUACAGACUGGAAAAACUCAAACUUAAUUGCUGUAAUCUCACUGGUCAGUGCUGUGAAAGUUUGUCUUCAUGUCUACAAUCAUCUAACUCCUCAUUGAGAGAGCUGGACCUGAGUAACAAUGACCUGCAAGAUUCAGGAGUGAAGCUUCUGUCUGAUGGACUGAAGAGUUCACACUGUCAACUCAACAUACUGAGACUUGCUUUCAGUAAUCUGACUGAUCAGUGCUGUAUCAGUUUGUCUUCAUCUCUACAAUCAUCAAACUCACUGAGAGAGCUGAACCUAAGUAACAAUAACCUACAGGAUUCAGGAGUGAAACUCCUGUCUUAUGGACUGAAGAGUUCACACUGUCAACUCAGCAUAUUGAGAUUAUCUGGCUGUAUGGUGACAGAGGAAGGCUGUUGUUUUCUGGCUUCAGCUCUGAGUUCAAACCCCUCACACCUGAGAGAGCUGGAUCUGAGCUAUAAUCACCCAGGAAAAUCAUUAGUCAAGCUGCUUUCUGAUCUAAACUACAGACUGGAAAAACUCAAUGUGGAUCAUGGAGGAAAGAUCUGGAUUAAAACAGGAUUACAGAAAUAUGCAUGUGAUCUCACACUGGAUUUGACCACAGCAAACACUUAUCUUGCUCUGUCUGAGAGGAACAGAAAAGUGACACACAUGGCCAAUACGCAGCCAUAUCCUGAUCACGCAGAGAGAUUUGAGUGUUAUCAGGUUAUGUGUAGAGAGAGUCUGACUAGUCGCUGUUACUGGGAGGCUAAAUGGAGCGGGAGAGAAGGGGUUUAUAUAUCAGUGACAUAUAAAGGAGUCUGCAGGACAGGACAGAGUAAUGAGACUUGGUUUGGACUCAACAAAAAGUCCUGGAGUCUAAAUUGUAUUGAUGACCAUUUUACUGUCUCUCAUGAGGCCUAUGAGAGUAGGUGUAUGUUUACCUCUUCACAUCGCUCUAACAAAGUAGGAGUCUAUCUGGACUGGUCAGCUGGCACUCUGUCCUUCUACAGCAUCUCUGACACACACACACUCACACACUUACACACAUUCAACACCACAUUCACUGAACCCCUCUAUGCUGGAUUUGGACUAUAUCGAGAAAAAUGUUCAGUGUCGCUGUGUGAGAUUAAACAGCUUCCUUAGUCUGUUUUGAUUUGGAAGAGGUACUUUAUUGUAUAAAAAAAUUAUAAUAAUAAUUCUAUAGUAGUACUUUAGUGUGAAAAUUACUCAAGCAUGGUAUUUUAUUAUUAUUAUUUUUUUUAUUAUUUUUUUUUUAGGAGAGAUCUAGCCAUUUAACCUACAUUUUUACACCUUUUGCAUAUCAGGUCUUUUUUUACCUUGAACUGUAGCUUUUCACAUGAAAUUAUACAGAUUGUAUUAUUAUUUUACAUCUACUAGUUGUCUCAAAUUACUUAUGUAAAAUGCUUUUAGCUCCUUUCCUGCACUCACACACACAUUAAUUCCUUCCCACUGUAUUUUAUUUGUAAACAUGCUUGCACUGCAUACACACAAAUUGUCACAAAAAAAUUACAAAUUAAAUUCAUGUCUGUUUGUAGAUCAGAAGUUCACAUACAACAAAGUUUCUAGAUUUAAAAAGUGGAAAAAAAGGCAUUAAAAAAUUAAUUUUACUCUGCUGCCACCUUUUGAAGAAACAUUGCAGUAUGAAAAUCUGAAAGUAAUAGUUUAUUAAAGUUAAAUAAAU